AUGACUACUGACGUGCGUGAGAGGAAUGAUAUUCUCGGACGGCUGGUGAUAGUGAAGUUGAAUGGAGGUCUUGGCACUACGAUGGGCUGUGAAGGUCCGAAGUCGUUCAUCAAAGUGAAGGGAGAGCUCUCGUUUCUUGAUAUUGCUCUAGAGCAACACAAGGUUUUCAACGAAUCUUAUAAAAGUAAUGUUCCGCUAGUACUGAUGAACUCGUUCUAUACGGAUGAGCAAACGACUCAAAAACUUGGUCAGAACAGCGGUGUGCUCACAUUUUGCCAGUCGAAGUGCCCUCGAAUCUAUGCCGACACUUUUCUACCUGUUGAGGAAAAUGGCGACAUGCAAGCGUGA